GCUUGGCUUUGGCUUAUACUCUGGUCUGUGGGACUCUGAUCUGUGUUUCUUCUCUUCUCUUUAUGCUCUAAUCUCUAGUUUGAGUUGAGCCAGAGAGUAGAUUAGGAGUAGAGUGAGAAAUGAGAGGUCACAAGAAUACAAGCGGCGUCAGUAGAAGACCAGCAGUUCUCCAUUUAGUCUGCAUUGCCGCUUUUCUCUCUCUUUUCGUUUUCGCUAUUCAGUCCUCUUUCUUCUCAGGUGAUCGAAGCUUAGAUCUGUAUAAAGAAGAAAUUCGUACUUUAUCUAAUUUUCAAUUCUCUGUUCAACAAUGCGUGGCAAACAGAGGGCUCGGUUUGACGGCACAUAUCAUUGACCAUUGCAAGUUAACUCUCAAGUUUCCGCCAGGCACUAACAGCACUUGGUAUAAUGAGCAAUUUAAGAUUUUUGAACCACUGGAGUAUCAUUAUGAUGUUUGUGAUGCAAUUCUAUUGUGGGAACAGUAUCGUAACAUGACCACAGUGCUAACAAGAGAAUACCUUGAUACUCGGCCAGAUGGGUGGUUAGACUAUGCAGCAAAAAGGAUUGCUCAAUUAGGAACUGAUAAAUGCUACAAUCAGACUCUUUGUGAGGAACAUCUUAAUUUGAUUCUACCAGCAAAACCCCCUUUCCGUCCCCGGCAGUUUAAAACCUGUGCAGUUGUUGGUAACUCAGGAGAUUUACUAAAGACAGAGUUUGGAAAAGAGAUUGAUAGUCAUGAUGCUGUUAUACGAGACAAUGAAGCCCCCGUUAAUGUGAAAUAUGCCAAGCACGUGGGGCUAAAGAGGGAAUUCCGCCUUGUUGUUAGGGGUGCCGCUCGUAACAUGGUUAAGAUUCUCAAUGGAUCUACGGAUGAAGUACUUAUAAUCAAAAGUGUAACCCACAGAGACUUUAAUGCCAUGAUAAAGAAUAUUCCCAAUCCUGUUUAUCUCUUCCAAGGAAUUGUGCUACGCAGAGGUGCCAAGGGAACUGGAAUGAAAUCUAUUGAACUAGCACUUUCGAUGUGUGACAUCGUUGACAUAUAUGGGUUCACAGUUGAUCCUGGCUAUACUGAAUGGACGCGAUACUUCUCUACUCCCAGGAAGGGGCACAAUCCGCUUCAAGGACGUGCAUAUUAUCAGCUCCUAGAAUGCCUUGGUGUUAUUAGGAUUCAUUCUCCCAUGAGAGCCCAGAGGAAACAAGACUGGUCAGAUGUGCCAAGUCGAGAAAUGAUAAGCAGAGCUCACGCUGCUGCUUUGCGCUUAAAGAGGGGUCAGGGUCCGGGACAGUUUGGAAGUUGCAAGGUGUGGGGAAAUAUAGACACUAACAACAAUGGGCCCAUCUCAGGAUCUUCAGAUAUGAGUGAGGUCAGGAAGUACUCAAAUUACAACAAAUGGGAGGUCAUGCCAUUUGAGAGUCUAAGAAAGGAAGCACGUGAUCACUUUGUCCAAAUGGAAGGUGUCUCUCUAUACAAAAUGGAUGGCAAUAAAUUGGAUGAUCUGGUAUGUGUGAGGCAUUCAUCGAAAUCUGAGGUAUGAACAUCUGCGACCGCAACUGUUUUAUGUUUGCCCUUCAGUAGGUUGCAAGAAGGCAGAAUUUUCUGUUGGUCACAAUCGAGUUGGCAUGGACUUCCACUGGGAUUGGUUUCUUGGAUGAUGAAUCUAUUAACUCAACAUUUCUGCUACAAGUGAUUAAACAUUUAUCAAGUGUUCCCAGAAAAAGUUGUGAAAUUCAGAACCUACUUUAGCAACAAGGAGAAAAUGCUAUGAAAUAUACUAACCACUGUACAACAUUACUGAACCCCUCUUCACAAAUUGUCUUUUAAUUUUUUUUUCCUACUUAUUCAUGUGGGCUAGAGAGUCAAAACCUGCUCGCUUUCUGAGGAUUCUUCUAAAAGAUUACAAGAAGGCACUUAGCUAUUCUUUUUAGAGUUUGACAUGCAUACUACUGCUGCGCUUGAAUGGCUUUCACAUGUAUACAAGAGAGGUGGACGUGAGUGAUCUGGUCUUAGAUAUUUUCUUCUGGAGCCAUAUUUGUUUAAUUGUUAUUAUUAUUUUUAUUAUUAUUGAUAGAAUUGCUUUUAUCUUUUUAAAAUCAUUAGAUUUGUUAUCAUGUAAUAACAUAUUGAUGAUAUUGGUGUUGUGUGUGCAAUUUAUUUAUCCAUUUCUUUUUCAA